GUAAAGAUAACGUUAAGUCUGUGGAGGCUUCUGUUAUCGGGAAAAGAUGCUGUAGUGAUCUUUUCUGAGUGUCUCCUACUUGCGACAAGCUGGACUUGGGAGGAAAGCAGUCUGCCAAAGCCUGAAGCCUCCAAGCGAUAAACAACCCCCAAUGGCCUCCCACGAAGUUGAUAAUGCAGAACUGGGGUCAGCCUCUGCCCAUGGUACCCCAGGCAGUGAGAUGGGACCAGAUGAGCUGAAUACUUCUGUCUACCAGCCCAUUGAUGGAUCACAAGAUUAUCAGAAAGAAAAAUUACAAGUUCUUGGGGCCAUCCAGAUCCUGAGUGCAGCGAUGAUUCUGGCUUUGGGUGUCUUUCUCGGUUCCUUGCAAUACCUGUUCCACCUCCAAAGGCACUUCUUUUUCUUCACCUUCCACACAGGCUACCCAUUUUGGGGUGCUGCGUUUUUUUGUAGUUCAGGAACCUUGUCUGUUGUAGCAGGGAGAAAACCCGCAAGAAUAUGGAUACAAAACAGUUUUGGAAUGAACUUUGCCAGUGCUACAAUUGCAAUAGUGGGGAUUGCUUUUCUCUCAAUAAAUUUAGCAGUUAAUAUCCAGUCAUUAAAGAGUUGUCAGUCUUCAGAGUCACCGGACCUAUGCAAUUACAUGGGCUCCGUAUCAAAUGGCAUGGUGUCUCUACUGCUGAUUCUCACCUCGCUGGAAUUGUGCAUAACCAUCUCUACCAUAGCCAUGUUGUGGAAUGCAAACUGCUGUAAUUCAAGAGAGGAAAUUUCCUCACCUCCCAAUUCUGUGGAAUCAAGAAUACCCCCCUUAUGAAAAUAAUUCUGAGAGUAUGAAUAUUUGACCUUAAAUCUCCAGUGACUCAGAGCUUCACCCACAAACUCAGGAGAACGUGAGCCUGUCUAUAAAGCUCAAUCCUUCUAUCACGGCACCAAUCACAAGAACCUUGGACGUUUGACCGACUCUAUCCUUUCUCUCCUAACUAUAAAUCCUAUUUGUGUGUUGUGGAUGUGGAAGGACAGAUACAUUUCUUUAGGCAUUCUUGGAUAUUUGUAACUUCUAUGAUCAUUACUCCAAAGUUGUUUCCAGAAAUUGCUUCUAUUUCUUCUUACCCACCUACUCCAUUGCUUUAUGAGGUUUAAGGAAGGAAGGCAGUGUAAUCCCUAUUUAAUAUAUUUUUUCUAAAAUCCAACUUCUGACCACCCAGUCGGAAGAAAAAGGAGACAUUUUUUCCAUUACAGAGAAAUGCUUCUUGACUUUAACAUCAGCAUUACAAAAAGUGUCAAAUAAAAAAUUACCACCAUUAUCAUUAAAAUAAAUAUUCACUUUUU